AUGGAGCAGACUGCAGCAACCAACGACCUUGAAGCACGCCUAGACGAUCAGAUCGCACACAUUCGCGCGGAAAUCGCUAAGCUACGAGCACAAAAGCAGAGACUGAGUACCACCUUGCUCGGAUCGAGUAGGGUCCAGAAGUGGCUACAGACACGAGAACAUGGAUUUGGAUCGAGCAGUAAAAGCACUGCAGCUUCGGUGUACGAGGACACAGCGAACGGCACCGAAGCGACCAGCAUAGGAAAAAGACUAGAGGACGCGAUCGAGCACUUGAACCACAAGAAUAACGUCAAAGUCCACAAUCUAGCGUUCGGAAUUACCGCCUUCCCAUUCACAGACACCGCACCAGAACGGCGGAAUGCUGAUGGACUUGAGGCUCUGAUGCUCGGGGUGAGGAUUGACUUACAUCCAACAACGCCAGAACUCCUUCAUGUCAACGAAAACACACUCCAAGAUCCAGCAGACGUGCAAGCUACCAAACCGCAAAACCAUACAGAAGAAAGACAAAAUAACGAACACAUGCCCUCAAGCUAUAUUCUCCUCCUUCGUAAACUCCGACACCAAAACCAAACAUACCUCCGCGUCCAUUGGACUAACGUCCCCAAACACAUCGACGUCGAUCUCCACGAACAGCACUACCUACCACUGCCCGACGCGCUCAUGGACGAUGCAGCCGUGACCCUCAAUCAUGACACAAGCACGCGGAACAACAACAACCAACAGGCAGGGAACGAACACCUUCCUGCCGAAGACACUUUCGAAGACGACUCUGGCAUCGACGUUACGCAGGAUCUUGAGGCGCCGGUGCAACAACAGCAUGUACCUCCGACGAUGGGCGUGAAUGCCGCGAACAUCUCCACAAACAACCAGGAUCUACACAGAUUCACCGAGUGUGUGCGUGAUGACUUGCAGAGCUGGUGGUAUCGGAGACAGGGUAUCGAAUACCUCAGACACGUACUAGGACUAAAUACUAGUAUUGCACUCUCCUCCUCCUCCAAGACCGCUCAUCACAACAUCCAAACUCUCGAGCGCAAAACUAAUGACGCGCGGAACAUGAAAAUUGUCUGGAAGAGCGGCGCUGUGGGCUUGCUACGCAUCGGUUACGAUGGCACUAUUGAACGAGCUGUUGUGUAUGGGCUGGGGUCGGGGCUGCAGAAGAAACGGCUAGUUUCGUAUAGUGAUAGUGAUAGUCAUAGUGGUAGCGAGCUUAGCGAGCUUGAGUCGGAUGAUGAUAGGAACGUCUUCCGGACUCAGCCGAGGAGUUUGAGAGAGGGAGGGAAACAGUCGUCUCAGGUGCGGUUGUUUGAGGUUGAGAGAUUGUUGAUGAGGGAUGAGCAGGAUGAUCAAGUUAGGGUGCAGAAUUUGGUUGGGAGGCUGGAGAUUAUUAAUAGAGCAGGAUUGGUGUGA